AGUGGCGUGCGAAAAAGGGCCAACCGAGCCCUGGCCCCAGGUAAUCCGCGCGAACCUGGCCGGCGCACCUGUUGGGCCAUGUGCUACCGUGCCCUUUAGGUCUUAGUAUGGUGCCCUUCAGCGAUGUCCUUUCUCUCAUCAUCUCAGGGUGCUUCCGCCUGCGUCAGUUGUGUCCGUGCGAGGAGCCAGUGAGUUUGGAUGGGUGGGUCCGGGCGAUUGGACACCCCACCGCGCAACACCUCGCAAUGCAGUUUCGCUGAGCUCGAGCCCGACCUUACCCUGGUGAGCCCGAUGCCCCGCCGAUCCACGGAAAUGGACCAGCAGGCCCGCAGGCCUCUGCGGAAAAAGAAGCAGAACUCGUCGCCCUACAGGUCGUUGCCGAAACUGAGCAGCCAAGAUGAGGAUGGGCCGCAACACCGCGAGUUCUCAGGCGUGGUCAACUUUGAGCCGAUCCCCCACGACCACGACUUCUGCGAGCGCGUCGUGAUCAAUGUGAGCGGCCUGCGGUUCGAGACGCAGCUGCGAACGCUCAACCAGUUUCCAGACACGCUGCUUGGGGACCCGGCCCGCCGCAUCCGCUACUUCGACCCGCUGCGCAACGAGUACUUCUUCGACCGAAACCGGCCCAGCUUCGACGCCAUCCUCUACUACUACCAGAGCGGCGGCCGCCUCCGGAGGCCGGUCAACGUCCCACUCGAUGUCUUCUCCGAGGAGAUCAAGUUUUACGAGCUUGGGGAAAUCGCCACCAACAAAUUCAGAGAGGAUGAAGGUUUCAUCAAGGAGGAGGAGAAGCCGCUGCCGGACCACGAGUUCCAGCGAAACGUGUGGUUGCUGUUCGAGUACCCGGAGAGCUCGCAGGCAGCGCGCGUGGUGGCGAUCAUCAGUGUAGUUGUAAUCCUGCUGUCAAUCGUGAUAUUCUGCCUAGAGACUCUGCCCGAGUUCAAGCACUACAAAGUAUUUAAUACUACGACGAACGGCACAAAGAUCGAGGAGGACGAGGUGCCCGACAUCACAGACCCCUUCUUCCUGAUCGAGACCAUCUGCAUCAUUUGGUUCACGUUCGAGCUGUCGGUCCGAUUCCUUGCCUGCCCCAACAAGUUGAACUUUUUUCGCGACGUCAUGAACAUUAUCGAUAUAAUCGCGAUCAUUCCAUACUUUAUCACCUUGGCGACUGUGGUGGCCGAGAAAGAUGAACAGAUACAGUUGCCCAAGGCGCCAGUUUCCCCGCAAGACAAAAGUACUAACCAAGCCAUGUCGUUGGCCAUCUUGAGAGUGAUACGACUUGUGCGUGUUUUCCGAAUAUUUAAACUUUCAAGGCAUUCUAAAGGCUUGCAAAUUCUUGGAAGGACACUAAAAGCCUCUAUGAGGGAAUUAGGACUUUUGAUAUUUUUCCUAUUUAUAGGUGUCGUUCUCUUCUCAAGCGCAGUGUAUUUCGCUGAGGCUGGUUCUGAAAAUUCUUACUUCAAGUCUAUCCCAGACGCCUUCUGGUGGGCAGUGGUGACCAUGACCACUGUGGGAUACGGAGACAUGACGCCAGUCGGAGUGUGGGGCAAAAUGGUGGGUUCGUUGUGCGCGAUAGCCGGUGUGCUGACCAUUGCCCUUCCUGUGCCUGUCAUUGUAUCCAACUUCAACUACUUCUACCAUCGCGAGACUGAUCAAGAGGAAAUGCAGUCGCAGAACUUCAACCACGUCACCAGUUGCCCGUAUCUGCCAGGAACUCUAGGUGCCCACUUGAAAAAGAGUUCACUCUCCGAGUCCUCGUCGGACAUAAUGGAGCUGGAGGAGGGCAUUCUGCUGGGCCAGCACGAGUCCAACACUCCAGCGACUGCAUGCACCCCGGCCAGUGCGGCCCUCGCACCGGCCUUGCUAGCCAAAAAGCAGAACUGCAACACCACCGCGGCCACGGCCAACCGAUGCAACAACAAUAUCAACGCCGUCAGCAUCGAGACAGACGUCUGACUACUGGCUGUGUUGAGAACUGAUGGCGGCGGUGAACGCUUAGAGUUGGUCGUGUACACGUCGCUGCCUCGCCUAGAAUCCGCAGCUGCUGCUUGACGAAUCCCAGUACACAUACACACAACACACACAUACACACACACACAUACACACUAUAAUUAUUACUCUUAUUGUAAUUGAAUUAUAAUUGCCGCUAUUGCUACUUAAGAACUAAAGAGCGCUACACCCGACAUUUCAUAAGACAAUUGUUAAGAAAAACUGAAAACCAAUUCGACAAUUACUACGAAAAAAUAAUAAUAAAUCGCGAAAUUGUAUAAUCGUAGCUUCUUCCGAGCGAAUUUGACACGGUGAUUUUUCCCUCUCUUUCGCUCUCUCGUUCGAUUGUGAUUACUCCAGCUUGCAUGACGGUUCAUUUUUGUCAUCGCCAGAAAAAAAACACCCACACACUCAUUUCUCUUUGUAGAACAACCGAUUCAUGCGAAGAGAAAGACAAAAGAUGUAUAAAAAAAAUAAUUUUCCCCAGUAGACGCAACAGCAAAAAGAGCAUGUUAUUAUAUAUUUCAGCAAUAUUGUGGUGGUAAUCAAUUUAUAAGCUCUCAAAUCAGCUCAAAAAAUCGUGCGCAUCAAAAACGGACAUUUGUAUAAUGUGUUAUUUUUACCGACGAGCCGCGCGGCUGCAACUUUUGCGCAGUGAAAUACAUAAAAGAAUCGAACACAAAAAAGGGAAAAUUGUAACAAAACCAACAAACGGACCACUCCUGAGUUUUAUCAGAAGGGGUGCCGGCGCAAAAAAGACCGAACGACGAUCGCACGUCUGGCCGCCGGAUUUGGACAGCACAGCUGCAGCAACCGUCCCCAAAGUGGCGCCCCGUGCGAUUUUUCGAUUGUCAGCUGCGCGCUCGAGUUGAAUUGUUGCAAAACCGGACGCAGUGUUGGAAUCCGACGAGAUACAAAAAAGAAAAUAUUCAAAUACGCUAAUGAAACAAUAUUAUGUAUUUUACUCGACGAGGGACGAAAAACCAACCAACAGUUUCUGAAAGAUUAAUAGUGCGGACUUUUAUCCAGCGUAAUUCUACAAUAAAGACAGUGGCAGUAAAAGAAGUGUGUGAAUGCACGUCAUGUUUUUAUCCAGAUAUAUUGUUACUUCAUCGUUGUUGCAAUUACUUUCCGGGGACUCGCGCGCACCAAAGUCGCUCUCUCCACCUAAGGACGGGGAGCCGAAAGUUGCGGAGAAUCAAAUAGAAAAAAAAACUUUGGGGGCCGGUCACCCCAGCCGAAAUUCAAGGGCGCACGUCCUGAAGGCGGGAGGCGAGCGCGGGUCCCUCGUUGUACUGAUGUGUCCAAAUGGCAUAAUGUAAAAAAAAGAAGAAAUGAAAUGCAAUUAUUUUUACUGAAUCAAAUCACGUUUGAGGCAGACUCACCGGAUGAGGUCCUCCCCUCCUCCUGUCUUGACUAUCUAGCAUCUAAUUACUGUACUAAUAACUCUCCUUCCAUAUUUUCGACCUAUGGUUUGCGAAUAACCCUUGCCCUCCCACCCCGGCGGAGAAAACGACCGCUUACAAUGACGAGAAGCAAUUUCUGUUCCGGCGAAUCGAAGAAAUAAUAAUAUGAAAUUAAUCAAUCAUGGCUCUAUCUCUGUCCACACACGCGCGCGGUUGUGUUUAGUUGUUGUUACGCCGCACAUCCGAGCUUCGCGAGUUCGAAUCGGGCGCCGGCUCUCGCUGUGCUAAACUAAACUAUCUAUCAAUCAAUCUUCCUCAGCUGCCCUUUCCCUCUCUAUUGCAUUGUUUUGAACAUGUACUUACUCUGUCUUUCAUCCGAGACUCAUUGAUUCUGCUCUCCGAAUGUAUAACGUUGUGUGCCACCACACUUCUUUCUAGAGAAUGAUACUAUUAUAUACUCUCUCUCCUUUGAGUUUCGUGCAUUAUGAUUGUUGAACAUAUAGAACGACAAGCGGAUUUGUAUUCUUAUAUAAUUACGUAUUGUUAUCGCUGCUUCACGAAACAAAAAGCGGAAACACAAACACUCAGAAAAAUUUAACUCAAGGCAAAAUGAGAAUCGUUAAAACAAUGAGAUUUAAGAGCAGAGAACAUAAUUUUAGGGAAAAAGAGCUCAUAUUCUAGUCAUAAAAUUUAGCAUCCCUUUGUAGAGUUUAACGACUAUUUACAAGUAUAUUUGAGAAUUAGAUGAGUCAGUCAAUAAUUAACUCUCACUCGCGCAUUGAUGGGAUCGUGGUUAUUAAAUUCUCUCAUUAUUAUUGAAACUCACUCGUCUCUCUCAAACUCACACGCAUUAUACACACACAAUCGAAUCCUCACUCAUGAGACACACGUUCGCAGUUAAAUAACAAGGCUUUCGGAAAGCCUCCACAUUUAGCUAAUUGCAUAGCCGACAGGAAGCAGAGUACUUACAUUUGGAUUAAGUCGUUUUUCACUCCGCAAGAUGCAUGCGAUUUGAUUCUCAUCCCUAAUAAUCUUCAAACUUGGCAUGUUUCGCGCUUUAUUAUUAUUUUUUUGAUUGUAAAAUUUAUUUAUUCCCCUCUUUUUAUCAACUCGGCAGCCGAAGAGGAAACAAAACUGAAAUUUGGAAAUUGCGACUUUUGCAAUUACCACAGGUCAGUCGCCUUUCUCAUAUCAAAAUUCUGUUCUUUCUUUCCCAUUCUUUCGAACGCGUGCUGAUAUUUUACAAAAAAAAUCUUUAUCUGUGUAUUUAAUUAUUCAGGGUCGCGAGCGUCCCGCCCUCGGUUCGCGUAUCAAGCCCGUUUGUAUUAGUUUGAGGCCCUUUCGGUCCAAAUCGGCAGCCCAAGGCCCGCGGGCGGGUCGUCUCUGCGCACACCGCAUAUCUUUUUUGAUUCCAAACGUUAAUGUGAUAUAAAGUUGCAUAAAACACACGGCGCUUAGCUAGCACUGCAGUAAAAGAAAAAUUUGUUAAAAUGUGCGCUUUGAUUUCUUGACUGCCCCCAUCAUAUACGACGACGACGUCCCAUUCCUCUCAUCUCUCAGAAGCCAGCCACACAAACACACACGUACAUCGACGAGCGUUUCGGUUUUUUCUCGCAAAUUUAAGGAAGCAAGCAAGGGUGACUCGUGCUAAUUCUCUGCUGCCCCUCUCUCAUUACGAAUAGUGCGAAUGCGACUUAAACUACAAAGCAACAAGUUUCUAUAGUGUGAUGCCGUCUCGAGUCUUGAUCGACUAAUAAGAGUAUAAAAAUGAUGCAAAAAGCGCGCCACCAUUUAACUUAACUGCUAGACCCUUAGCCAGAUUAUAAGGUUUAAAACUAUAAGACCUCGGCUCACGCUCGCCCCGUCGUUGGCCCCGUCACGGGGGUGCAUGAUUCAGGCGGGGCGAGGGUGCCGGCGGAGGCGGUCGAGGGGGCUAGUUUAACUCUCUCUAAACUCACACACUCUCUAUCUCUCUCUUACUCUCUCUUUGCAAGACUAGCGGAUCGAUUGAUGAUUAAUUAAUUCUCCUUUACCUGCAGAGUUGUAAUUCCAGUAAGCGAGCAGAGUUAAUUAAAUUACUCGAAGAUAUAACCAGACGCCUCUCCCCCCUUUUAAUGUAAAAGAAAAGCAGAUAGCCCCUCUCGUUAUCUCCAGAUAAAAUACAUACCAACAAGCUGUGGCAAAUUACACACAAACACAAGUACACAAACAAACACACACUUCAUAGAGUUGUUACAAAAAUCAUUAACUCUCGGUGCGAGACGAUUUGAAUUUUGAGAAAAGUCGUUCAAACUCGCCGCCCGCAGAGUGGAUUUUUCGCGCGCGCAUCUGAUAAAUAUGGAAAAUACAUACACCAUUCCGAUCUUCCUAUUUGCCUUUUUUCAAUUAUCAUUUUUGCUGAGAGUCCGAAAGUUGCGAUAAAACUCUGGCUUCACCCCUACUUAGGAAUCAGAGCGAAUUUUCUCACCGCUGCAGCGAAAAGAAAGUUAUAAGCGAAUUAAAAUAUUCUCUCAUUCGCAGUAGUAGAUUUCGGAGGUAAUUAAAAUUUAGGAGAAAAACGAAUUAAUAAAUCUGUAGGAAACGCGGGAAUAUAAUGAAUAAUGGAUGCGAAGUUACGUUUUAUUCGCUUCUCAAAUUUGCCGAUCAACAAUCAAUCACGCAAAUUGCAUGACAACAAUCGUUAUUGAUCACAACAAUUGAGAAGAAGAUAUUAUAAAAAAGAACCGAACACACACGUACGAAUACAAUCUCUCUCUCUUUCUCUAUCUCUUUCACACUCUCUGCUUUAUAAGUAAAAAACUACCCUGUACCCCCCUGUAACCCAAUCAGAGUGUUGAUUUUGGCGAACAUUUUUACAUUUAAAUAAUGAGUAAAAAAAAAUGAAAAUUACCAGGUCUUGAAGUUUAGAGCAUUAUUGCGAAAAGAAAAUUGUAUAAAUAGAUCACAAACACACAGAGAAAUACACACACUCACACACAAACACACAUUUUACGCCCGUCCUUAAAUUAAAACUAAACUGUAGCUUAAACAUUGAAUUAAUUACUCGUUAAUUAUUACUCGACGAUCGCUUACGGAGAAGAUUAUAAUUCACGAACACAAAACGUUUGAACAAUUGGGCUAUUCUGAAGUGAUUGCGGCGGAAUUUUGAAACAUAAAUGAGGUUAUAAAUGAAAAAAAAAACAACACUACGCUUUUUAUCAAAUAACGUCCUUGUAACCACAGAAUUGAGAUAAAAAAUAAUUAUUACUGCAUUAUUAAUACAAUUAAAGGAAAAAGAUGAGAAUACUGGAGAAACGCCCUGCCAAUUUUUUUAUCGUGGUGGUGAGAAAAUGUAGAUUGUCUGGUCGAUUGAUGAAUAAUUGACUGAUUGCUUGAUUGAUCGAGUAUUUGCAGCAUUUUUCUUUUUCUCGGCCAGCAGGAUAAAAAUCAAUCAAAUAGCGAUACAAUUAAUUAAUUAACAAGCGAGGAAAUAAUGAAUAAAAUCGUACUUGGUCAUCUGCAGCUACACUCAAACAGACACUCUUCGGAUUUAUUAAUUAAUUAAUUACUCGAUUUAAACGAAUGCAAAGAAUAUUGAUCAAUACCGAGUAUUUAAAGAAAAAAGAAGAUACGCUGACUGCUUUAAUAUUUGAAAAACAGAAACAUAAGUUAUAAGCGAAUUCAAAUCAAAGCAAAAUCGGAUUAGCAAGUUGUAUUAAAAAGAUAAAACUAAUUAAAAAAGAGAAAAUUCACUUGAUGCUUGAUAGGCGGUAAUUAAGUGAGAUUAUGAGAACAAAAAGUAAUCAAUAUAAAAAAACAUUGUACGAACAACGGGAAAAACAGACACACACACGCAGCCAUUAUUUUCUAUUGUUGCUGACGAGUCGCGUUUAUUAUUGUGCAAUUAAAGCAAACUUUAACAAAGUGGGGUGAACAUACAAAAGCAAAAGUGGUUGUAAAUAAGAAAAUUUAUUAAACACUCACUCAAACGCAAAGAAAAAAAAUAAUGACCACGCAAGUGGAAAAUGAUAUUCUAAUUGUGACGUUUUACCAGCCAUGAUUGUUGAUUGUGAACAAUUUUGCAUAAUUGUGUAUGAGUUUCAGUUCCCUCCGGUGUAUAAUUGAAUUAUAAUUAUCGCUGUACAAGAAUAUUUGUCCAAGCAGAAAUCUGUAUUCAGAUACUUUGCCGUGUUUUAUUGUGAUUUUUUUAUUCACAGGAACGCGCGUUUAAAUUAUCUUCAUUUUAGGCAAAUAGAAAGGAAAAUUAUAAAAAAUUAAUAUGUAACGAAAAAUCAACACGCGGCCUUCUCUCCUUAUUUCUCUCCCUCUGUUUUACACUCAUUUUCGUGUUUUUUCGAGAACGUGCUACUGUUUUUCGAAUUGUAUUAUUCUAUUGUUACUGUAUUUUAUGCCACUUAUGUGCGGUAUUUAUAUUCUCGACAAAAAUCAUUAUAAGGUUGCUGAAAAACACACUGAACGAGCUGUCAAAGUCUAUUGAUUGAAUCUUUGAUUACCAAUUAUUAUUAAAGAAUUAUUAUUGCAAAAAAAUAUUUAAAAUCAAUAAAAUAAACAAUGUUUUUCAACAUAAUGCAUUCAUUGUACUGUAUCUUAUGCAGGUGUAAGAAAAAAGAGAUUUUAUAACUACCACAAAAUA